GGGGCCGCGGCGCCAGCGCCCGCCACGGGCGAGGGCGUGGCCGACCCGGCGCUAGCCCGCCCGCCCGCCCGCUCUCGCGCCUUCUUCGCGCCGGCCCUUCCGCGGGUGAUCAGCUGGUCUGCGCUCCCCUGACGUGGGCUGGGGCACGUCACCGCCGAAUGGCAGCCUCCAGAAAGCCACCGCGAGUAAGGGCGAAUCACCAGGAUUUUCAACUGAGAAAUUUAAGAAUAAUUGAACCUAACGAGGUGACACACUCAGGAGACACAGGUGUGGAAACAGACGGCAGAAUGCCUCCAAAGGUGACUUCAGAGCUGCUUCGGCAGCUGAGACAAGCCAUGAGGAACUCUGAGUAUGUGACGGAACCGAUCCAGGCCUACAUCAUCCCAUCGGGAGAUGCUCAUCAGAGUGAGUAUAUUGCUCCAUGUGACUGUCGGCGGGCUUUUGUCUCUGGAUUCGAUGGCUCUGCGGGCACAGCCAUCAUCACAGAAGAGCAUGCAGCCAUGUGGACUGACGGGCGCUACUUUCUCCAGGCUGCCAAGCAAAUGGACAGCAACUGGACACUUAUGAAGAUGGGUCUGAAGGACACACCAACUCAGGAAGACUGGCUGGUGAGUGUGCUUCCUGAAGGAUCCAGGGUUGGUGUGGACCCCUUGAUCAUUCCUACAGAUUAUUGGAAGAAAAUGGCCAAAGUUCUGAGAAGUGCCGGCCACCACCUCAUUCCUGUCAAGGAGAACCUCGUUGACAAAAUCUGGACAGACCGUCCUGAGCGCCCUUGCAAGCCUCUCCUCACACUGGGCCUGGAUUACACAGGCAUCUCCUGGAAGGACAAGGUUGCAGACCUUCGGUUGAAAAUGGCUGAGAGGAACGUCAUGUGGUUUGUGGUCACUGCCUUGGAUGAGAUUGCGUGGCUAUUUAAUCUCCGAGGAUCAGAUGUGGAGCACAAUCCAGUAUUUUUCUCCUACGCAAUCAUAGGACUAGAGACGAUCAUGCUCUUCAUUGAUGGUGACCGCAUAGACGCCCCCAGUGUGAAGGAGCACCUGCUUCUUGACUUGGGUCUGGAGGCCGAAUACAGGAUCCAGGUGCAUCCCUACAAGUCCAUCCUGAGCGAGCUCAAGGCCCUGUGUGCUGACCUCUCCCCAAGGGAGAAGGUGUGGGUCAGUGACAAGGCCAGCUAUGCUGUGAGCGAGACCAUCCCCAAGGACCACCGCUGCUGUAUGCCUUACACCCCCAUCUGCAUCGCCAAAGCUGUGAAGAAUUCAGCUGAGUCAGAAGGCAUGAGGCGGGCUCACAUUAAAGAUGCUGUUGCCCUCUGUGAACUCUUUAACUGGCUGGAGAAAGAGGUUCCCAAAGGUGGUGUGACAGAGAUCUCAGCUGCUGACAAAGCUGAGGAGUUUCGCAGGCAACAGGCAGACUUUGUGGACCUGAGCUUCCCAACAAUUUCCAGUACGGGACCCAACGGCGCCAUCAUUCACUACGCGGAUGGCACCACAGAUGUGACGCGGACAAUGCAUUUUGGGACCCCUACAGCCUACGAGAAGGAAUGCUUCACAUAUGUCCUCAAGGGCCACAUAGCUGUGAGUGCAGCCGUUUUCCCGACUGGAACCAAAGGUCACCUUCUUGACUCCUUCGCCCGUUCAGCUUUAUGGGAUUCAGGCCUAGAUUACUUGCACGGGACUGGACAUGGUGUUGGGUCUUUUUUGAAUGUCCAUGAGGGUCCUUGCGGCAUCAGUUACAAAACAUUCUCUGAUGAGCCCUUGGAGGCAGGCAUGAUUGUCACUGAUGAGCCCGGGUACUAUGAAGAUGGGGCUUUUGGAAUUCGCAUUGAGAAUGUUGUCCUUGUGGUUCCUGUGAAGACCAAGUAUAAUUUUAAUAACCGGGGAAGCCUGACCUUUGAACCUCUAACUUUGGUUCCAAUUCAGACCAAAAUGAUAGAUGUGGAUUCUCUUACAGACAAAGAGUGUGACUGGCUCAACAAUUACCACCUGACCUGCAGGGAUGUGAUUGGGAAGGAACUGCAGAAACAGGGCCGCCAGGAAGCUCUCGAGUGGCUCAUCAGAGAGACGCAACCCAUCUCCAAACAGCAUUAAUACCUCCCCGGUUUUGUUUUUGCAAAAUGCUCUGGAGGAAGGAAGAAACGUGGCAGAUCCCUGACAUCUUUCCCCUUUCCUUUCCUUCUUCCCUACCUCCCCUUUUUACUUUAGACUUUAAGAAGAACAGAAAAUCUUCUUAUCCUCUUUGAUAUUUUAUUGCAAACACUCAGUCUUUUAUGAUUUUUUUAAUUGUUGAGAACAAGCCAAGAAUAAAAUUGCUGCACCAGAAGGAGGGUCCCUCCAAAGUUGAACACUUGGUGAAAGGGAGAUGCCCUGACUUCUUUGGCCAGUGAUGGGGAAUCAGUGAGUGCUCCAUGAUGGUCAUGUUCCAGGUGCUAGUACAUCAUUCAUGAUCACCUUAAUGCUCAUGAGACUAUAUUUAUGAUCAGUGAAUAAAAAUGUCAAAACUGUG